AUGUAAAGAGAGGAUUUAACUAUAUUUCCUAAUACACCCUAAAUAUAAAGUCUUUUUAAUCCUACUCCAAUAAAUCCUAUGACUGCUUUUGUUGCAAGAUCUUGUUAUAAGUAUAAUUAACUGCAAAGAAAUAAAUAAUAAAGAAUCGUUAUAUAACACAUACCUUAAAAAUAGAGACCAAAUGAGGUGAGAUAGAUAUCUUUGCCAAGAGCUUUAUAAGCAAUAAAAAAAUAAUAAUUAGAAUGUACUAAAUAUUAGUAAAUAUAUAGCAUUAAGAAGAUAAUCUCAUUAAAAAGAUGGGACUGUAAGUUUAGUUUUUUCAGAUGUAAAAUAAGAGGAAUUAAUCUUAUAGAAGAUUGAUAAAUUCUAGUAUUUGUAGCAUAAAUUAUAAACAAGUAAUGAUGAUUUAGUUGAUGAAAGAAAAGUAAAUCUAAAUGAAUUAAAAAAAUCACCUUCUAAAUUAAAACAUAUUAUUGAAAAUGAUAAAACAAAAACUAUAUUAUAAAAUAUAUUAGGUGGAAUGUAAUAGAAAAUUGAUGAAGUUGCACAUGAAAAUCAUAUGAGAAUAAUGGGAAUGCAAAUUAAGUCAUUCAAAUUACAAGAAUAAUAAUCUAUUAGAAGUAAAGCAAUGUCACAAGAAAAAGAUAGGGAGACAUCAAAAUCAUAUGCUGAAAAAAGAGAAUUAUAUAGUCGUUCAGUUUAAAAGAGAAGACAUCAAUCACCUUAAAAUAAAAUGAAAAAUAUAUCAUAAUAAAAUAUGAAGACAAAUCAAAAUUUUAGAUUUUCAUUAACAGAUUAUUCAUCAUUAAGUAGAGAAUAAUUGUUUUAAAUGAAAUUAUUAAGUUACCAUUAUUUGAUUUUUAUAGUUUCUUCAUAAAGUAAUUUUUAUGUUUAACCAUCUGAAAAUGUGACAGAAUUAAAAUUUAAAGUUGGAAAAGGAAAUAAUAGUUUAUUAAUAAAAGAAUUAUUUAAAUCUAGAUGGUGGUGGAAUUUAAAUUAAGAUGCUGAUAAUAAAGAAUUAAAUUUUAUUUGGACAUAAAUUAAGGUUCCAUAAUACAUGAAUUUAUAAGAAUGGAGCAUAGAUCCAUUUAUAUCAAGAUAAAAAUCAUUAUCUUAAACAUCAACUGAUUUAAAAAAAACAAGAAGACAUUAAUCUCCUAAAAGUAAUAAACAAAGUUAAAAAUUUGGAAAAUUUGAUGAUCCAAUAUAAAAAUUAAUUAUAGAAUAAGAUGUCAAUUAAUUAAAAUCUAUAGAAAAAUCAAUUUAAAGUUUUAUUAAAUAUGCUGAAAAGAAUGAUUUAAAAAUAAUUGAGAAUGUUAAUAAAGUAAUUAAGAAUAUUAUUAUUUAGAUUCAUAAUCAUAUAGAAAGAAAUUAUCAUUUGGGUAAUAAGAAAGCUAUGUUUCAUAAUAUGAAGAAAUAUUAUGAAUUAACAAAGUAAGAGUUAUUUCUACAUUUACCUAUGACAUUCCAUAUUUCUGGAAUUAAAGAUAAAUAAUAUUAAUAAUUUAUGGAAUAUUUUAAAUAAAAGUAUUUUAGAUAUAUUUAUAAGGAAGGGAAACAAUAUUUGGAUUGUAAAGCCAGGAGAAUUCACAAAUAGAGGAAAUGGAAUCAUUGUUUGUUAAUCAUUAGCUGAAAUUCAUAAAAUUGUAAGUAAAAGACAAGUUCAUCCUAAUGGUAAACCAUUUACAUAUUUGAUACAAAAAUACAUUGAAAAACCUUUUUUAUAUAAUAAAAGAAAGUUUGACAUAAGAUGUUACUUUUUAAUAACUUAAUUAAAUAAUAUUAUUAGAGCUUAUUGGUAUGAAGAAGGUUAUAUAAGAACUUCAAGUGAAGAAUUUGAUAUUAAAGAUGUUAGUAAUUAGUAUGUACAUUUAACUAAUGAUGCUAUUUAAAAAUAUAGUGAGGCUUAUGGAAAAUAUGAAAAUGGAAAUAAAUUGUCUUUUGCAGAAUUCUAAAGAUAUCUCGAUAAAUGGCAUAGUAAUGAACAUUUGAAUUUCUAUAAGGAUUUAUACCCAUAAUUAAAAAUGAUCACUUUAAAUGCUAUUAAGUCUGUAUAUCAUAAGAUUGAACCUUAUAAAAGAAAUUAUAAUUUUGAAAUAUUUGGAUUAGACUUUAUGAUAGAUGAGAAAUUUUAACCAUAUUUAAUUGAAAUCAAUACAAAUCCUUGUUUAGAAUUAAGUUCUCCUUUAUUAGGUAGAAUUAUUCCUGCAAUGGUUGAGAAUGCUUUCAGGUAAUUUAAUAUAUAAUAAUUUAUUUAGAUUAUCUAUAGAUACAUUAAUUCCACCUCCAGAAUAGUCUACAUGGCCACCUAAUAAAAAACAUUUAUUAUUUUAUGAUAAUAUGUUAGAAAAUAAUAGAUUCUAAUUGAUUUUUGAUGAAAGAGAGGAUGCUUAAGAAUUAAAAGUAUUAUAUAGCAAUUAAUCUAAUGAUGAUCAAAUAGAUGAAAUGGAUGAAGAAGAAGAAGAAUAUUAAUCUGAUGAUGAUUGA